GCAGGGAGGAGGCUGGCGGGGGCCAGGGCUGUCUCCGGCCAGCACGAGAUUCGGGCACACAACACUUCCAGGAGAGCGGAAGCCUGAAGCGUCGGGUUUCAGAGCGGGGCGGGGAGUCGCCCACGCAGCCCGCAGCCCGCAUCCCUCAUCCCGAGCAGGCGCGCGCCAUGGGCAUCUCGAGCCGCGGGAGCGAGUGGAGGAUGCUGGGAAAGAGGUAACAUGGCCACCGGCGGCGGAGCAGAGGAGCAUCUACAGCGGGGCCGGCUGCAGCUCCCGCUGCCCGCGCGGCCCGCCGCCCGCGCCGAGGAAGCCGAGGGCGUCCGCGAGAAGAUGGGCUGGGCGCAGGUAGUUAAGAACCUGGCGGAGAAGAAGGGCGACUUCCGCGAGCCGCGCCGGCGCGACGAGGCAGGCAGCGGUGCGAGCGGCGGGCUCGGCAGCCCCGCGGGCCUGACCGCACCGAACCCCGGCGACUUCCCACCCGCCGGCCGCGGGGACCCAAAGGGCCGCCGUAGAGACCCUGCGGGCGAGGCGGCAGACGCUUGCAGGAAGAAGGACGCGGCAGACGUGAGUCGAAGGAAGAAGGCCGAGGUGGCGGCGCCCAUGGCGACCCCCGCCAGGCCCGGCGCGAGCGAAGACGCAACCGAGAGGCCGCUACAGGACGAGCCUUCGGCCGCCGUCCCGGGGAAGGGCCGCUUCCUCGUGCGCAUCUGUUUCCAGGGAGACGAGAGUGCCUGUCCGACCCGGGAUUUCGUGGUGGGCGCGCUCAUCCUGCGCUCCAUCGGCAUGGACCCCGACGACAUCUACGCGGUCAUCCAGAUCCCCGGCAGCCGCGAGUUCGACGUGAGCUUCCGAUCCGCCGACAAGCUAGCCCUGUUCCUCCGCGUGUACGAGGAGAAGCGAGAGCUGGAGGACUGCUGGGAGAACUUUGUGGUGUUGGGGCGGAGCAAGUCGAGCUUGAAGACCCUCUUCAUUCUCUUCCGGAACGAGACCGUGGACGUGGAGGACAUCGUGACCUGGCUCAAGCGCCACUGCGACGUGCUGGCCGUGCCCGUGAAAGUGACCGACAGGUUUGGGAUCUGGACCGGCGAGUACAAGUGCGAGAUCGAGCUGCGCCAGGGGGAGGGCGGAGUGAGGCACCUGCCCGGGGCCUUCUUCUUGGGAGCGGAGCGGGGCUACAGUUGGUACAAGGGGCAGCCCAAGACGUGCUUUAAGUGUGGUUCCCGGACCCACAUGAGCGGCACCUGCACGCAGGACAGGUGUUUCAGGUGCGGGGAGGAGGGGCACCUGAGCCCUUACUGCCGGAAGGUCAUCGUGUGCAACCUCUGUGGCAAGAGAGGGCACGCCUUUGCCCAAUGUCCCAAAGCGGUUCACAAUUCCGUGGCAGCUCAGCUCACCGGCGUGGCGGGCCACUGAACGCACGUCUGCCUGCCGGGGUGAGUGAACACUCAGCCAGCUUACCCUUCAUAAGUGCCAAAACUUUUUUUUUUUUUAAGACCAUUUUUUUAUCGUUUUGGAAGGAGAUAUUUCUAAAACCUAACAGACAUUCUCUCUUACGCCUUUUUAAAACCACGUGUGCUCCUUUUCGGCCUGUUUGAAAUGGUGAAUUUUACCAGGAAGGACUAUUCGGAACUGUAGCAUGCAGAUACGUGGCCUGCCUCCCUGUUUUCCCCUCCCAUCUUGCAUUUGUUUUGGUACUUUGGUCGACACCCCGUCGUCUCCUUUGUACUUUUUACUACCUCCCUCCUAAUACAUUGUCUCCGUAGAAGAUUUUUGCCCUUUGGGCUGUCCUGCUCAUCCUUAUACCUCCGCCGCGGGUACAGGGCCCAACGCGGGACUCCACUAAGUGUUUAUUGAGUCGAAAACGUUUCUGUCAAGAGUGCCUACGUUCUGCAGCUCUCCGCUGGGCUCUUUUCAUUUGCUGCUUCUAUGUGAUAUGAGAAUUUGUGAAAACAGUGUUGCUGGAAGUGUGUGAUCUGAAUAAGCUCUGAAUGGUGGCCAAGGGCCUCUCCUAGCAUAAAAAUGUAUCUGCUUUGUGACAGCUCCUUGUGGUGACUCAGAAGCCCUUCUAUAGGAGCGUGGAACUGAGGCAGUUCUGCUGGAAAAGACCCAAGAGGUGGCUUUUGUUGGAUUUUCUUUGGGGGAGGUUGCUUUCAUUUUCUUUUUGAUUUGAGACAGGGUCUCCUUGUAGCCCUGACCGGCUUGGAACUGGCUGCAUUGGCUGCCAGGCUGGCUUCAAACUUAAGUGAUCCUGUCACCUCUGCCUCCCUGAGGGUUUUUUACACUAAUCCCUUGGUUUUCCAGCAGAUGAAGUGAACCCAGAGACGUUAAAUGACUGGGUCAAAGUCCACAGCUGUGUGUCGCCUCAUAUCGUCCAUAGUAGAGUCCCCUGACCCCCAGCCCGGUGCUCAUCCCACUACCUCUCACACUUCACAACAAUCUCCUCGACACGACACCGGUGGGCCAAGGAAGUCUGUCUGCUCCCUCCAUGGUGAUGAUCCCAGCAUAAAGCUGAGAAUCCAUCCCCUGAACGCAGAAAGAGAAAGCUUGGCUUGCCACUUGAUAGUACUAGGGAGCUAGGGAAAGGACCAGCGAACAUACUCCGGGCCUCAUGAGUCCGUCCUUAGGAGUACCACAUCUUAAAUGUUCCAAGGCCUUCCCCUCCAGCUGCCACUGUAAUCAGUGAGAAAUGGUUCCCCUCAGUAACGAAAGUUGCCAGACGUUUACAUUUGCACCUCUGCCUCAGCUGCCAGGAACCCUAGAGAGAGCUCAUCGGAAACCUUCAACCUCUGACCCUCAGGAGAAAGGUGAUUUUAACCCAGAAUCAUGAGUGAGCUGUAAACUCAAAAAUGUUCUUGGAGAAACAGGCCAAAGCAGAGGGCCUGGGUCAACUAAGUGUUACCAAGUUAAAGUGAAAGACAGUAAACUGCUUUUCUUCAGUUUUUGUCUUCUCUGUUUUGCUAUUUCCUUGUGGCUUAGAAUGUAAAACCAAUUGUUCAGAUUUGUCCUGAAUAAAUAUUUAUCUUUCGUA